AUGGCGGGCAGCAGGAGGCUGAUGAAGGACAACCCUCCAUAUGACAAGGGGGCCUUCAGAAUUGAAAUAAACUUUCCAGCAGAGUAUCCAUUCAAAUCACCCAAGAUCACAUUUAAAACCAAGAUCUACCACCCUAACAUUGAUGAGAAGGGGCAGGUCUGUCUGCCGGUAAUCUGUGCUGAAAACUGGAAGCCAGCCACCAAAACUGACCAAGUAAUCCAGUCCCUCAUAGCACUGGUGAACGACCCUCAGCCUGAGCACCCACUCCAGGCUGACCUAGCUGAAGAAUACUCUAAGGACCAUAAAAAAUUCUGUAAGAAUGCUGAAGAGUUUACAAAGAAAUAUGGGGAAAAGAGACCUGUGGACGAUUCCAGCAAGUUUGAGCAGAGCCCCCGAGCAGUGCAUUCAGAUACCCCGCAAAGCAGGACUCUGUGGAAAAUUAACACGUGCCACCACCUGGCAGUUACUAACUUUCUACAGUUUUCUUAA